AGCGAUCGACUGCGGGAUGUUCGACGAUGAAGCUCAUCUUAUUUUUUCUUUAUUUCUCUCGAACCUAAAAUAUUCUUUUUUUCGGGUGGAAGUGAAUCGGAAAAGGUGAUUGAACGAAGGAUGUUUAAACCAUGUGUCUGUUGUCCGUGUGCUUCUGCGGUGACAGGAAGAAGAAGAAAAACGGCGGGCGCGGAUUAUGUGGCUGUGAUGUUUUCAGAGGUCGAUAACUCAAAUGAAAGGUGUGGAGUGGGAUCUGUAAAAUAAAAAGAAAAGAAAAGUGAUUUGGUGUAGUGAAGACAACUCGUUAUGAAGGUUGUUUGUGUUAUCACUACAAUGUAAUAACAACGUAACACCUGUUAGUUGUAGCAGUGUCGUGAGAAUAACAUCGUUUGUGAUCGAAAAUGGCGACUGAAUCUGAGUAAGAUUAUUUUGAGGACUUUUGAGAACUCUCCAGCCCACACCGUAUACGAACUGAAAAAAAGAAGAAGAAGCUUCUAUAACUGAAAAGAGAGCGUUAUGGAAUUUACUGACUGAAUGAGAGAGAGCUCUUCUUUCUAUGCUAUCUAAUGAGAGAAGAAGAACGGAAGACGGCUCAUCCCGCAUACAACGAACGAUGAACAACCAGGACUCGACGUUUAUCUCGAAGCAUCUCUUUAUGACGAGAUAAGCGAAUAGCGCUGCAGAUAACCGAACUGAUGCUGCUAGCAGCCUCUUCUACCUUUCAGAGUAAAUAGGAAUUUACCACAAUGGACACAUCUUCAGUCGACUUCUUUUGGUCGGAGGUUAAGCAAGGAACUAGUGCGCGGAGGAUUGGCCACUGCUCUUUGAGCCCCAGCGUGAGGGCUGCGUCUUGGGCAGACGAGUCACGUGACUUCCAUUCACCUCACGAUACAACACCGUCGCUUGACCUCGAUGCUCUUAAGUUGGCUUUGACUCACCUCGACCACUCACUACAGAAAGGAAAAGCCUUUGUGGGCCGAAGUGGAGCUCUGAGCAAUCGCCGACCUCCUUCUAGAGAAUCGAGAAGCUCAAGGAGGUCUUCAGCCGACAGCUUGCAGCUCCUCCAAGACCAAGCAGAUCUCGAGGAAGACCUGGUCAUCCCCAGAGUAGUGAAUAUCGAAGUUCAAGUCGAGAGUCAAAGCAAGGAAUCGAAGAGCAGAGAGCAGAAAUCUGGUGAAAAGACUUUCAAUAGUGCUCAAAACAGAGACUUUACUUUUCGAGAGCAGUUGCAAGAGUCGAAACUCUAUAAAACAAACGAAAAGAGGAAAGGUUUAGACAGUUUCAGUGCAAAUCAGGAAAUUCGAAAGAAACUUUUUGAAACGCGUAACAGAAGGACUUUAGGAGGUUCUAAUCCUUUGCUGAGUUCUACCCACGAGUCUGAGGAAUCUUUUAGACGAAUUAAAGAAGAAGUUGCUCGCUUAGCUGCAAAACGAAGGUCUUCUAGUGAUAUAAGUGAACUGUGGCCACCGAGUGAUGUGACUUCAAACUCUUCAGUUACAGACAGUCAAAGAUCUGAAGCAGCAAGAAGGUGGAACGAGGAGAGGGAAUCACUGCUUGAAUCAGCAAGCACUAUAUUUGAGAGAGAAGGUGAAGAGAACAGGUCAUCUUCGGAGGCAGAUUUUGUCAUAAGUGAUCGAGAAAGUAUUGCUGAUUCAGGAUUGGUUAAUCGAAGAACUGUCAUAAAGAUUAGUGAGAAGAAAAGCAAGUCGGCAACUAAUUUGAUCUCUGAAAAUCCUGUUCCUCUGUGGAUAAGAGAUUUACAGACCAGGCGUUCACUCAGAUCAGGUAAGGAUCAGUCGACAACCAGGGUUAUCCCAAUUGAAGUAGAUCCCUCUUUUGAAGGAGGCAUAAAUGUGUCGAUUGUAAAUCAACCUGAACCUCCCCGAAAAGAAAGUACUUCUCGUAUGUACGUUCGCCAGAGUGACUCAGAAAACAGACCGUCAAGAGCUAGUGCCUUCAAUGUACGAAGAACAAUAGAAAAGAGACAAAUCCAGCAAGAGAGAAGAGAAAGGAAGGCUCUCAGAGAACAAAUAAAAGAGCAGCUACGCAGCCUUUCAGAAGAAAGGGAGAGGAGAGAUUCAUCUAGCUCUCAUGUUUCUUCUACACACAUCAGUCAAAAUUCUGUUCGUUCAAAGUCUAUGAGUUCAUUGGAUCAGGAUCAGGAUGAUUUUAGAAGUGAAAGUCCCUUAUUCAAAGUUCAAUCCAGUCCAACACUAGAGAAAGAAAAAGAAGGAAUACGUAGCUAUCUUUUUGGGGCUUCGAACCUUACUGAAAGUGGACCACCUUCACAUGAUAUGAGUCCAACUUCUAGAGAAGUAAAUAUUACAAAGGAAGAUAUAUCAGAUGUUGAGAAUUUUUGUGAAUCCCUUAAUACUGAGCCAGAUAACCACACAGAAUCUGAGAGGAGUAGUGUAAGGGACAGAAUAAAAUCUUGUGAUCCACUUGAGACUGAAAAUACAAAAAAUACAAGAAGCCUCUUCAUUAACAGGUCCAUAGAUUCUUUCCAAGGAACAAGCAUUUAUAAUCAACAGCAUCCAAAUCCAGUAUCUUCUUUGCACCAAAUUCCUACAGAGGAAUCAUUAAGGAGUCCAGUUCGUCACGAAAGGGAAAAACUGACUGAUACACCAACAAAGUUCAAGAGUGACAUUAGUGACAUCAGUAACAUAGAAGACACUGAACAACAGAUUUUGGUUGAAACAGAAUCUACUGACAGAGACUCAUUUAGCCUACAAAAAGAAGAGGACCAGCCAGAGACACGGCCAAUACCACCUCCUCGAAAACAUCGUUUGAGCCUUUCUGCAGGACACAUCACGCUGGAGGGAGAAGAGAAGCCUAACUGGAUCCGGCUAGCGAAGGAGAGAAGAAGUCUUCGAACUGCUAAGCCAGUUGAUCAGCUCUCAGAUCGUGCAUCCUCCACCUGCCAAGAGCCAGAAUGGGUAGCUAAGGCAAGAAGGAAAUUGGAAGCUCUUAAUGUUACACUGACAAGCACUACUGAUUUCAAUUCAGUCAGCUCCCACAUUACUGAAUCCUCAUCAGCCUGGAGUCGUGGUGGGUUGGAUGCACUUGAUGAUUUGAGAGAAGAAACCUCACGAAUUGGAGUUGAACUAGCAGAAGAGGCUUCUGCUCGAGUUAAUGAAGAUUUGAGUGUGAGCAAAGGAACCAACAAAAUGCUGGAGCAUAACACAGAUCGUUCGCGUGAUCAGUCCGCUGAAAGGCCUAGGGUAUCAUUCGAUUCUUCUGCUGUUGAAACAUCAGAGGGUGAUUCCAAUCGUAGGUACAGAUCGCGAAAGCCUCAGAAAGAUGAGGUUAGGUUUGGUGACUUAAAGCAUGACUGGGGUGGUGUGCAGAGCAAGUCAUCAAAAGCAGCUACAGGAAAAACGAAAGAAACGAGAUUUGGUGAAAUUCCAACAAAAGACUCGGGUUGUGAGUCUCCCCCUGAGAAGUCAAAAGAAACACGAUUUGGUGACCACUUUAAAGGUUCACCAGUUCAGAAAAGUCACAGCAACCCUACAUCUCCAAGUGGAAAUCUUCCAGUCAUGCGAUUUGGAGACACUCCCCUUAAUCUGUUUCCCGAUUCCCAGGCGAAGAAAGUUCAGAGCAGCUCAAAAUUUGAGUCUGUGGCUGGGCCAGAUCCAACAAAAAUGACAGCUGAGCAGCUGAACCAAAAUGUGGAAGAGUAUGACUUUCCAAUUCCAACAGGAAAAGAAGAUGUGACAGAAUUCAUGAGAUUUUUGGAGGAGAGUUUGAAGAAAGCCGAAAUCGUGCCAGAAGUUGUCUGUACUGAAGACCCCAAACCGAAGCCGAAGAGUAUUUUGAAAAGAAGAUCGGUGGAAAACGUUUUCCUCGAAUUAAAGAAAGAAGAGAAAAAUGAGUUCCAUCAAAAGGUAGAACACAGGAAGAGCGCAUCCUUUGACUGGGAUACUGUAGGUAAGGGAGGUGAUGCAAGCUUGGACACUGGACACUUGAGAAACAAUGGAAUUAAAUCAAGCACAGAACAUUAUAAUCAGCACGCAGAGGUUUCUAAUAGAGUCAAAAGGUCACCACAACAUAACUCAGCAACAUCAACAUCUAUCGCAACUAAUAGUAGCUUUUUUAACGUUAAGCUUCGGCAUGUAGCCUCUAAUAAACAUGAACCAGCAGUAACCAAAGAUUCACAUCGCUUUCACACAGAACACAAUCCUCUUAAGAGACCACAGGGCUUAAAUAUUAAUACAACUAAACACAAUGAAGAUUUCUCUUCUGUUAACAGCUUUUCCAAUGGUCGUGAAGCUAAAAUUGGUAACAAUGGGCUUUCUAAAGGUACCGACUGGCAUGGUACUUUAUCAUCAUCAGCUGCCUUGAAGGAGAAUCUCUCAGAGUUCGGCAGUCACUCUGAGGCUGACUGCAGCAACAACGAAAAUCCAAGGGCCAGUCAUCAGAAGAGUCUGGAGGAAUACAAGAUGAUUGUGAGAAAGAUAAGUAAGAAAGAAUUCACUGUUGAUGGUGGUGAGAAUGGAACUCACAUAUCGAGAUGGCCACCGGAAACGGCAAAAGAGAGACCCAAGGAAAGCAAGAAGCAGGGUUACACAGCCUCAUCUGCGCCGUCAGGAGAAGGUACCACUGUACCUGGAAGGACUGUGCAGGAUCUGUUACAGAAAGUGCAAGAGCCUCCUGCAGCUUGGGGGACAUGUAGAGCUGGACGGGGCUUGGACGCUACAGAGCCUAAGAAAGAUGACAAUAAACCUUUCUCGCCGUCUUCCAAUAAUGGUCAAACCUCAAGCGAUACAGGAGAUGGUGGGAAAAAUCCUUGUGAUUUAGCAAAACCUCUAAAACUUAAUCUCCCAGGUGAAGAUAACAAUAAUACUCCCAGAGAAGAAUUUGUGGUAACAGAAAAUGGAAAUCCAGCACAACGGGACAAGUCUUCAGAAUAUAUGGAAAGUCCAUUCAAAAAUGUAUCCAAGCUGGGUAGCGCUACUCAGAAUGACCAAUUUUCAGCCAAGGAAAACACUGCUGCUGUAGUGGACUCGUUAAUAGCAGAAUGUGCAACAAAAGAAUCCGAUGAUGCUCCUGCAGGGAACAUAAACCAUUCAAACAAGGACCCCUUGCUUAAUUUGGGAAAAGAAGAAAGUACAGAAGAGGAUAUAGCCACAACACACACGAAGAAAAUAGCCCCAACUGAGUUUUGCCAUACCAAUGGUAUUGAACUAACACCUCCACUGACAAUUGUACCAUCACAAACAGUUUCAUACAUUGCUUCUUAUCAACUCACUCCAGUACUAGCUAAUGAAGCUGUGGAAGAUGAACAAGCCUCCCCCCCUUCCACCCCGCCAAUCCCAGUUGUCGCCCCCACCGAGACCUCCAAAAAUGGAGUCAAUGAAGGAGUUUCAAAUCAGAAUGAAUUCACAAGCACUCUCGGUCAGCUGCGAGAUGAAGAGUCACAAGGAAAGAAGAAGCAGGCUAAGGUCUUCAGCUUCACCUUCAACCCAGAACAGAAAAUCACGUCCAAAACAACUUUCACCUGCUUAGAAGAAGACACCUUGCUUCAACAGAAAACCCAGAAGGAAGUAGAAAACAAGCGAAGAACAGAAGGCGUGAAAACAUUCAUGAUCAUAACAAAUCCGAAUUCUGUGUCUAAAACACACGAAGUAAAAGAAGUUCCUGAAUUAAAUAGCCAUAGUAAUAAUGCUACAAAACCACAACAUUUCCCAGAAAAAAUGAGAUCAAAAACUCAUCCCAAAACUGAGGUCCAGAGUGAAAGCCCUUCAAACUACGCCACCAAAACGCCAGAAGCCAAUGUGAUAUCAUCUUGGAAGAGGCUAGUUACGCAAAAUCUCUCCAGCUCUAAUGAGGAAAGAAAAAAGUCUUACGAAACUAAUUCUGAGCCAAGUCCCAAGCAGAAAGUUCACCAAGUGAAACUAGAAGUCGUUGACGAUGAACAAAAGAAACAUUCACCAAGCAAGAGAGAAGAAGAACGAAGAAGGAGCAGUUUAUUAGAGUGGGAAGCCAUGCAAAGGCAAAGGCUAGAGGAUGAAGAAAAGAAUCGCAUAAACAAGAACCUAUCUAUAAAACCUGUCUCCGCUAAGAUAAAGGAACUGGUGAAAAUACAUGGAAGUUUCAUGUCAAUGUUCAGCAAAGAUAAGAAAACAGAUAUAAAUGGCACCGUAGAUGGGAAAGAUGACAUAGUUUUCAGGAAAAUGUCAUCAGAUAAUACAUCCACACAUGCUAAUGGGCAGCAUCUUCAGGGAAAUCCCUUACCUAUGAAGUCUCCAUACAUCGUCAAGAAAUUAUUAAUGCCUUCAAAGGCAUACAUAUCAGAAGAGUCUAAAACUCACAAGUAUACUAGUAAAGAUAUGUCUAAGCCUCCAUCCUCAGGCCACAGGACUUCCCAUGUUUCUCACAACAGUUCAAAGUCACGCUCAGUGAGAGACAGGUCUGAGUCUCCCAUGAAAAUGCAUACGAGAGACAGGUCGCAGGUGCCAGCUAAGCAUCACUCUACAAGGGAUAGGUCCCCUUCACCAUCCAAAACUCGCAUCUCAGGGGAACAGUCUCCAUCAUUAUCAAAAGUCAUUAAAACAAGAUCUCCAUCACCAAUAAAAAGGUCUACCGGAGAAAGGUCUCCAUCACCAGCAAAACGCCAUACUUCAAGAGCAAGGUCUCCAUCGCCAGCAAAACUUCAUAGCUCCAGAAGACGAUCUCCAUCACCAGCAAAAUUUAGAACUUCAAGAGGACGCUCUCCCUCACCAGCAAAUUUCCGGACAUCAAGAAGAUCUCCCUCACCAGCAAAUAUCAGAACUUCAAGAAGAUCUCCCUCACCAGCAAAUAUCAGAACUUCAAGAAGAUCUCCCUCACCGGCAAAUUUCCGCACAUCAAGAAGAUCUCCCUCACCAGCAGAUAUUCGCACUUCAAUGGGAAGAUCUCCAGCAUCAUCAAAGAUUUACAGUGCACACGAAAGACACUCAUCACCCUCAAAAAUCUUGAAGACAAGAGAGAGAUCUCCAUCCCCAACUGGAGGACACACAAGUAAGCCAACUUCAUCUCCACACAAAAUUCGAACAGUCAGAGAUAGAUCUCAGUCACCUUUAAAAGCCCAGUCGCCAAGUAAAUUUGAUUUGUCAGCAGGAACGUUUAUUGCCAAGGAAAGGCUGCAAGUUCCCAAGGAUGACAAUGACCCAUUGGAUGAGAAAACGAGGGAAGAAAAGAAUAAUUUUACUGAGGAUACAGCAAACUCUCCAGAGCCAGCAGUACAGAGACCCUUGAGAUCAAACUUUAAGAUGAAAAAGGAAAUAGGAACUUGUCAACCUUCUACGAUUUUUCCACCGCCCUCCAAAGAUGAAAAUAUGAAUGGCAAUGACGGACUCUCGCUGAAAAAAGAUGUCAAUUUUACAGCAAAAGCACAAAUACCAUUUGACAGAAUUUCACCUCCUGUUCCUCCUAAACGCUAUUAUAAGGAAACUUUGAAUAAUUCUAGUGCACACACUGAUCUUUUUGAUAAAAUAGACUCUCAGGAAGAUAAAGAGGUUCCUCUAGUUGAUGAUAAAUCAGAUAUCUCACCUUAUGAGUUUAGAAAAAGUGAAUACAGGUCAAGCAUAAAAGAUCCCAAGAAUAGGAAAGAAUGGUUAAACAAAAUGCUGAACACCAUAUCAUCAGACAAUGUUUCUCCUCAGAGCAAAGAACAUUUUCCCUCGCCCUCAGUGAACCAAAAGUUGAGAGUCCAAAAUAGUCUUAAACAGGAACCCACGAGUUUCUUAAGUGAUAAAGACAAAACUUUAGCAAAAGAUGAUAAAACUCAAGUGUUACUCGAAAAUUCUUUUAGCGACAUAGGAAGUUCUGAACCUUGUCAUGCAAAUGUAUCAGCAACAUCAUUAGAGUGUUUACCAGGAGCUAAAUUCAGGUACAAGAGAACUUCGAGAAAUUUACUUGAAUCUUCAAAUCUGAUUGACACAGAUCCUUCCAUUUCUGAUAAUCAGCUAUAUCUCAGUAGAAAAGAAAUGUCUCCACCUUCGACACCAAAAUCAUUAGGGUCUUCAUUUGGAGAUCUCUAUGAUAGCUCUCAGGCUAAGAAUUCACGGAGGGGCCCAGUAAGUCUUUCUUCAAUUAUAGGGGAUAGUUCUUCAAGAUCCUCUUCACUAACAUCAACUCCAUUCACAUCUCCCAGAGCAACACCAGAGAGAGUGAUUCGAAAGGACUCUUUGGACAUGAUUGCCAAACUUGGAGUAAUUCCUGAGUCAAGACUGAGGGAAUCAACCCAACUGUCACCAUCUGUUGAGGAACACAAAGAAAAUAUUGCACCCUUAAGUAUACCAGGUAGUAACAGGGAAGAUACAGAAUCAUAUUCUUAUCAGCCUUCAUCAAGACAGAGUCCAUGGUAUACAGAAAAGCAGCAAGAUAUUAGAGAUGAAAAUAAAGACAGGAGCUCAGAACAUGAUAAUGGGAGCAGUCAAAAUAUCCAUAGCCCUGGUGCCAAACCUUAUUCUUUUGGUAAACCCUCAGUGACCAUGAAAAGUCUUUUGGGUACAGCGGGUUUGCAAAAGAAAUCAAACAACUGGAGUUCGCAAAUUUUCUGUGAUGAAAGCAAGGAAGAUGUACCUCAACUUAAAUCUGCUUACAACCACAAGGAUUCAUACCUCAGCAAUUCAUAUCCAAGAGACAACAAAGAUCCAAUUUCUGCUAGGUUUUCCAAAGAGAGAGUUUCUCUUAAAGCAAGGCUUGUACCUGAAAUAUCAGAAAAUAUCUCGCAAUCUAGCAGGUACCAAAAUGUAAAUGAAUAUAAAACAGGAUCACCUAAAACAAAAAUGAAGGCUCUUUCUGAGAGAUUCAGUCCUGAAAGAAAAGAAGAUACAGUUUCUCUGGCAAGUAUUCUCACUAGAAGUGAAGCUCCCAAAUAUUCAAUAUCUGAAGAAACAUUUAACUCACGGUUUGAAUCUAAGUCGCCUUUUACAAAAGAAUCAGAUGAUAUUCAAAAUUAUCAUGAAGACGCAGCUCAUAGUCGAUACUUGGAUAAUGACAUUCAUAGUCCUAGGUGUGUUCAGUCAACUUUGCUUGUUUCUGAAAGUGAUGAUUUAUCUGAGAGAAACUCUGUAAGUACCAGAGGUGACCACUCAAGAGCUUCCAGCUUGGAUCCAGCAUCGAAAGAAUCCUCUCCAGUUAGGGAACCCAGCAGAGUUGCCAGAAAGCAAUCAGCCAAAGGAAAAGUCACCUCAGCAAAGAAAACAAAUGAUGUACCUGGCACAUCAGCUCCUCCUAGAGGUCUUACCAGAAGAAACUCUAACUCAGGGAAGCAAAGGACCCGAGUAGUUAGAAGAAACUCUAGCCUCAAGAGGAGUCGUCCAGAUGAUCCGAAGGCUGUGUCUUUGUAUAAGAAGGAGAGGAAAACGUCGGAAAGCGACUCCGCAGAUAUAAAGAGUGAAACGGUCGUACAAGAUGAUGCUGGCUGGACAAAGACCAAAACAACAGUCAGAAGAGCAAGACUGGGGUCUUCAGAAAAGGCAAGGCAGAUCUUAAGGACAAACAGCGGGAAGACGAGGAAGGAGAAAACGUUCAAGGCUGAUGCCUCGAAAGCUCUGGAGGAAUGGGCCGCUGGUACUAAUGUUGAGGGAAAACUCAUGAAAAAGGAAGGCCAAAAAUUCAGCCAUGAGACGGAAGAGGAAGUAAAAGGCGGCCAAAGGACCACUAGGGGUGUCACCAGGAGGAUCAUCAGGAGAGGAUCAAGAAGGCUGUCUAGCGGAGGGGAACUCCUGAUGGAGACCAAAGAAACGUCGUCUGAAGGUACCUCCAAAGACAAGAAGAAGAGUGGCUCACCUGAGGACGACCCCAGCACUCAGCAGUCAGAAGCGUUGGCGAUCGAUGACGGCCUGUCUCGCAAGAUGAAGGCGUCCACAGACGGAGAGAGAUACGUGACUCAGUCUGUCUCCAACAAGGACGGGAAACAGACGUUCACGACGGAAGGAGUUAACAACAAGACCACCAAUUCUGUGGAAGUCAUCGGAGGAGAUGACUUCGAGGCCAAGAGAGAGGUCCAGGGCAAGACGGGGUACAGGGUAUUGGUGGAGCGAAGCAAGGACAACCUAGGUCGCCCUUCGACGGUGGUCAGGAAGGUCACGUCGCAGUCGCGAGUCGUCAUAACGAAAACAAAGAGGAAGACUCCAGUUGUCGUCUGAGCUCAGUCGCGUGAAUUCCUUGUUGAGAGGACUGAAGAAAAGAGACGAGGAAGAAAACAAGGAAGCGAAAACAUAAGUUUUAAGAAAAAAGUGGUGGUCAGUGAACGAUGGCGUUCUGGAAUAAACUAAAACUUGAGGAGGUAAUUUUUAAAGACAAAUAAGGUACAAAAUGUAUAUUUUGAAUGGAAUCCUUUUGGUGAACCUGGAAAACACUUAUGAAAACGUGAAUUACAAAGAAAAAUGCUCAUCUGAAUCCUAUAUGGACAUAUAGGUCGAUACAAAAGUUGCCAUUUUUUGGGCCCUGCUCCUUGAAGGCUGUGAAAUGUAAAAAAAAAUAUUUUGACAAGAAGCUCAACCUUGAGGCGCCCCGUGGUGCUUCUCGUUCAAAUUUGUCGAGUUAUACUCAGUGUAAAGUUCCUGGGAGAAGUGAGAAAUAAUGAUAUAACUGAGGCAUUUCUUUGAUGUUAAUGUCUUUCUGGUUUUAAAUGAGGUUUUUGCCAGAAAUAAGUGCGUGUUUUAAGAAAGCCUUUGGCUAUUAUGUUUUACGAAGGGGUUUGGCAGCAGCAAGGUUUUGCUACGGUUGAGUCAAGGUUUGAAGAAAUCUUUGGGUUCUGUUUACAAAGGGGUUGGCAGCUUGGAGGUUUGGCUGAGCUGAGUAGUACGUGCUCGUUCAAAACAUUCGACUAUGUUUACAAGGGCUAAACAGCAACAAGAUUUGAACUCUGUCUACGAAUUGGAUUAAAGGCAGGGUUUGCUGUAACUGGAAAAGCCCUAGACUUAGUCUACAAAGGGCUUGGCAAAUGCAAGGUUUUGUCAGGGCCUUUGGCUUUGUUUACAAUGUGGGUUUUCGGCAGCAGCGAAUUCCCUUAAUAUAAGCCUUCAACCCGCUAACCUGGAAGGACUGGACGCCUAGUCAUAGGCCUUCCCUGAUUAUCUAAUUGCUCCCUAAGAAACGACUGGCAGAGGGAACAAGCAUCAUGAUUUGGAUUACUCGUUGUUGCUGAAGUAGAUGAUUAACCCAAAUGGUAAUAACCUACUAAUUUCUGGAAAUAGCGCAUUUAAUGUUUUUACUAGACUGUGAUAUUCUACUGAUCUUUUAUACUCGUGCAUUUUGGAUAUGCAUUUGGUAAGAAAAAGGUUUGACAUUUUAGGGUGCAAGAGUUCUCAAGAAGUCUUCUAAAGCGUCCACUGUACAUAGGUUUGCUUUUUAUACUUUUUUCUAUAUAUUUUGGUGAUAUUAUGAUCUGUAUUAUAAGUGCAACUUGUCAACUAAUUUAACUAUUUUCAAAUGUUCCUUCGUUUACGCUCACUUCACGACGAAUGUAUCUGAAACUGUACUGUGCUUUGAAGGGCAGCUUUUGGAUGUGCCAUUUGCCUCUCAUUGUUUUCCUCUUGUAGAAAUGUCAGUUCAGUGUCUUUUUAGAGGAGAGAGAGAGAGAAAGAGAGGGAGAAAAAAAAAACAAAAACAAAACAAAAGUUUGGUUGCUGUUCUUCUUAGCAUUACUUGGUGUGGAUACUUCCAGCUGAAAGUUGUCAAAUGAAGGAAUAACAAUUCCAAUGCUCUUUUUUUCCCUCGUGAAAAUAAACAUCUUGUUUGC